AUGGAAUGGAAAAUUGAAAAAAAAUUAUCAAGAUGUAUGCAUUAUGAAUUGGAUGUUACAAAUGUUUUAUUGGUGACAGUAAAGGCUGAAGAAUCAAUAUUGAAUCAACAUUCAGAUCACGUUUCUUCAUUUCCCAUUCGAUCUCCGAUACACUUUUUCUACGGGUUGACUUCUAUCUCAAUUCUAGCACAAAAGCACGUUUUAUCUACAGAAUGUAAAGCAAAAAAGGGUUCCCUGCUUAACAUUAUAUUGAUCUCAGCUGAAUCACCCACCCUGGAAAAAAUCUUCUUUCUUUUAGAGCUUUCAAAGCUGUCUUGCCCCAAGGAAACGAAAAAAAAGUUAAAUCAUGCAUUAGCUACUGAAGUCGCAAAUGUCAAAAGUUUUCUAAGAGUGAACCUUUUUCCUUUCUCAUCAUGUUCUGCUUGUUGGUCCCACAGUGAUGCUUUUCCCACUCAACACAUCAACGAAGAUUGA